AUGGAGGAGAGCAGAGGCAAUCAACUUCCUGGCCUGAGGUUCUGCCCCAUGGAAGAUGAACCAGUUCUCUUCUACCUCAAGCCCAUGUUGAGAGGACAGAUCGUGCUCGGCAGAAACCGCGUGGUGUUCGACUGCGACCUCUACGGUCACCAAGAACCUUGGGAGAUAUGGGAGGCCUUCAAGACCAAAAGACCACACGACUUGAGGCUCAACAAGGACAUUUACUUCUUCACCCAACACAAGAAGAUGAGUUCCACAGCCAAGCGCGUACGCCGGAAUGUUGGAAGUGGCACCUGGAAGGGCGACGACUCCGGCAAGCCAGUACGAUCUGUUGAAACUGGUCGUGUUGUUGGCUUGAAGAAAAGAUAUACUUACAAGAACGAUGACUCGGUUCACAACGGCUGUUGGAUCUUGUAUGAGUUCUACCUUGAUCAAUCACUCAGAGACAAUAAACAAAAGCUGGAAGACUAUGUUCUUUGUCUACUACGAAAGAAUGGUGAACCCAAAACCAAGAUCGAAAAGAAGAGAAAGCAACGUGAAGAGGAAGAGGUUCUUGAAAACAAUUAUGCCUUUCAUGAUGGAGAAAAAUCGAAAAGGGAGCAAGAAGAGUUGCUUGAGCCACAAGCGAAGCGGCAACGAACAGUGCCAUCCAUUGCUGAACUAGAAGAGUCAUUGGAAUGCUUUGAAGAUGAUAAUGCACCCUCAGAAGCUCGAGCAAUUGGCUUUCAAGGUGGGGAGAAUGGUGGACUCCAACAAUUAGCAGCCGAGGUGCAAUCAGGCCCUUUAUUUGUAGACGAUCAUGAAAUAUUUAAUCCGCUGCCGGAGGAAGACUUUCUCUUGGCUGAAAUGUUAGAAGAAAUGGGUAUGGUGGACAUGGAAGAACUAGUUAUGAAUGGAAGCAUAUUCAGCCAGCCAGAUUUAAGCAUGGAUAUCUCUUUGGAGUUGGUUAAUGUUUGA